AUGAGCAUCAUUGAAAAACUAAAUAUUUCAUAUAAUAGUAAUAAUAACGAACAGCAACAAUUAGAUUUGUAUUAUCCAAACGAUGACAAUGGUAAAGAUAGAACCUUGGUAAUUUAUAUUCAUGGUGGAUUUUGGGUAGCAAGAGAUAAAAAAGAAUAUUCCAAUUUAGGAAAAUAUUUAGCAGAAAAAGUAAAUGUUGCAUGUGCUGUAAUAAACUACAGACUUUCAAGCGAUAAACACAAGGAGACCGAAAGAAUUUUAUAUCCAGAGCACAAUUACGAUUUAAUAGAGUCAAUAGUAUGGUUAAUUCAAAACAAUUGCGAUGAUAAAGGUAAAGAAAUGUAUUCAAAUAGUAAAAUAGUAUUAAUGGGUCAUUCAUGUGGAGGCCAUAUGAUAAGUACUGUAGCAUUAAAUUGGGAUUUAUAUAUAGAUCAAAUGAUUAAAGAUAAUAAAAAUCGUUUUAAACAAUUCAAUGAAACAUAUAAACAACUUAAAACAUCCAUAAAGGGUUGUAUAGGUAUUCAAGGUCUCUAUGAUUUUGUAGCAUUACACGAAGAUUUCCCAAAUUAUUUAGAAGAUAUCAAAAUUGUUUUCAAUGACGAUUGGUUUGACACUACAAAUAUUAAAGAAACAACAUUGGACAGAUCAAAUACAAGUUGGUUAAUAAUUCAUUCACCAGAGGAUACAUGGGUUAAUCGCCGCCAAUCUGUCAAUGCAGUUAAUCAUCUACGUAAUGUUUUAAAAUUUGAUAAAGUGCAACUCGAGGAGAACGUAAAAGGUCCACACUUUGAAGUAGUUACAAAUUUUGGAAAUUUAUCAGUCAUAGAUGCAGAUAAUACUAGAGAAAUUGUUAAAAACUAUUUAAAUAAAAUAUAA